AGCGAAGUGAAGUAGACAGAGCUAGAGGGAUGGUGAGGAGAGCCAAGGGGAAGAGGAGAGGAAGGAAAGCCAGGAACGAGGGAGAGCACAUGGCAGCUGCAGCUGCUAGACGACGUGAGCUGUCGAGAGCAAGUUGAGGUUAGCAACAGGGGGGGCGCUUCUCCUAUAGAUCUGAGAUCUGAGAUCUGAGAUCGCAUCUUCAGUCUGCAUGAGUGAGAAGCUGGAAGAUGGUUUCACCCUUGUGACCAAGAACAGCCGACGGUCAGCAGCAAAGAGAAGGAAGAAUGCCGAUAAGGCUAUCGGCAUUCUCAUGCAUGGAAGGGUUGACAGUGAUAUGACGCAGUCACAAAUCCUCACCUUGAUUGACAAGUGUAUGGGCGACAUGAAAGGUUCAACAUGGUUUCAAGAAGUGAAGAUGAUUGUUUGCGAUCAUGUCAAGAGAGUCAUGGACGGUAUGCAGGCUUCGGGUGGUGAUAGAGAAGCAGAGAAUGUUCGUCAAGGGUCGAGCAUAGCAGGCAAUCUAGCGCACAUGGAAGGUGAAGGUGAAAGGACGAAGAUUUCGAGGAUGGUUUGUUAUGGCAUCGGAAAUUUCAGCGUCAGUGCGUCGUCCUUGCUGCAGAUUUCACUUGCUCUGCUGCUGAAAGAUUUUCUUCAUCCCCCUUCCUCCUCGCUCUUUGAUCCGGUCAUGACCGGAGCUGAGCGACAGGCCGCCGAGUCGUUGGGGUUCACAAUCCCACAAGAGGAUGAGGUUGGCCUGUGUACAACUGACUCAGACUCGCUGUUCUUCAUGCCGCAUUGCGGUCGAAGACUGUACAGCAACGUCCUAAGGGCAAACUGGGGGCCAGGGAACCUUUCGAGGCUUGUUGUGAUUGGGAACAGCUUCGGGGCUUAUCGGAUGAGGAAUCUUUCAACAGAUGUCAGAACAUCAUGCUGUGUGGAGAAAUUAGGGGAAGAAAUGGUGGUGGAGACACUGCUUCCCAAGCAUGUGGAGGAGAAUUCCUUCAUUGACACCAGCGUUCAUUCUUUCCCCCUUAAGAAACUCCUUCUCCGUGAGCAGCAUGACAAGGAAUUCUGGCGCGAGCUUGCUGCUGAUGUCGGCGGAGACGAUCACAGCUGGACCCGAUCGAUGUCAUGAAACGUUUUUUACUUUCACUCCUCAUACAGCCAUGGUUGAGUAAAACUUAGCAGCAUGUCUGCUGCAAGUUUCU